CAUAAAAUGAGCAACGAAUAUGGCUACAAAGAGAUUGACAGAGUUAAUCCUAUCGUUGGGAAGAAUUGCAUGAUGAAAACUGACAAAUAAGAAGCAUCUUAUUUCCAAGUUAGAUAAUACUGAUUUCGUAAGGAAUGUAGCAGAAGCUACUGAUGUCAGCAGAUCUUUCAUUAAGGCGAGGAGAAGUAGAGAUCCUCUAUCCUUGAGAGAGUUUACUCGGAGCGUGAAGUUGAAGUAAUGCUAGCAAUAUCAAUACCAGCAAUUAUAAAGCCAAUGAAAGUCAUUAUAUCAAAUACAGGAGGCACGUUUAGUCUUGAUCAUCCCAUAGGAACUUUAACAAGUCAUCAAUGAUAAAGCAUACCAUUAACGGUGAUUUGAAGCACGAACUAUUUUCGUUGCAGAAUCCAGAACCUAGUCAUGAGAAUUCAAAGAAAAGGAAACCUAAGAAUAAGAGGAACUUUAUACACAUCCAAAAUGGACCUGAUAGGAUUGAAGAGUCUAAAGAUCAGGUGCGUGUCUCUAUGACAAAAGAGAAAGAGAGGGCUGCUCUCUUGCCUGAUACAUUUAAGCCACUUGCGCAGAAACAGUACAGAAUAAUAGAGAAUUUUGAGCCAAAAGUCUUAUCGAAGUUCCAGAAGCUUAAGUUUAAGAUGAAAUAAGUGAAGCAGCAAGAUAAGCACCAGAGGUGAGAAGAGAGAAGAGCUAGUAUUCUCCCAAAUUGACUCAGUUAAGCGGAACAAGUCAGGAGUAGAAUUCAUCAACUUAGAGAGACCAGACUUAAAGGUGCACCAGAAGUCAUUCAAAACUCAGCAUGAGUUACUUGCAAAGUUACCUAGGGCUGUCUAUCAGAAUAAUACCAUUGACAAUUCUCCAGAGAGAUGAAGCAAAGCAUUUGGUAGAGCCAGACAUUCUGAUGUAAAUAUUCAAAAGAUUACUCAAAGGAAGUUUAACAAAUCAGGCACAUAUGAAGGCCUCAAAGUUUACAAAGCAGUUAAAGGGAAGUCCCUCAUUGAGUGACUCAACCAAAAGAUACGCAAUAUUUUGGCUUCCACAAGGAUAAACAGCUAUGAUGACAAUCUUGAUACUCCUAAGAAGCAGGAGGUUAAACUAAAACCACAAACACGAAGAAGAGCAUUAAAUCGCCUAUGAAGAAGGUCAUAUUGUCUAAAUGUUCAUUUAGAGAUAGAUCUGAUGAUCGGGGUAAUUAUGACUCCAAUAUUUCUAAUAUUGAUUUAAAAGUAGUUCUAUA